CCAUCGAAAGGACGGCAGACGGUUGGCCGCCUCAGUACGAGGUAGCCUCCGCGACUGUACGGAACGUACAUACCGGUAGCCGUCGUUUCGACGACGACGACGACGACGACGACGACGACGACGACGACGACGACGACGAGGACAACGACGACGACGAGGACGACGACGACGACGACGACGACGACGACGACGACGACGACGACGACGACGACGAUCUCGACCGCAACUCGACGGUCGUAACCACGAGCCCACGGGAACGUCAAGGGGACGACGUGGCUCGCCCCCUCGGGGACCAGUGACUACUACGCUUUACGACUGCGUAUCUGUCCGCGUCGCUGGUUAAAGUGGUACCCCGUACAAUAAAGUAGUCACAACCGCUUCGGGUCUGACUGGGGAAUCGUAAGAAGAGAUCGGGAGAACCCUAGCUCGUUUCAAGCUCGUUUCAAAUCGUGAGAGAACGGUUCCUACACUCGGUCGCGGGCAAGAGGACGCAGGGGCAAGAGUGGGAAGGAAUAAAGCGAGUAGAGAGGAAGCGGACUCGGUGAGUUGGGUGAAAAUCGAUGGCCAUCAGCGCCCAUGGGCGGCCUCGCGUUUAGAACAAGGAACAGCCCCUCCCAGAAGACCUCGCUCCGGUGGGGUGACUGCUGCCCCCCAAGUCCCAAGUCGGCGUCGUUGUCGGCCGCCUGGAAGAGCCGUCAUCAGGACAUGCCAGGACGGCCGGUGCCCGUGUGAGGCUGCCCCCCGCUGUUGCGUGAUUGUACCUCGCGGGGAUCUCAGAGGUAUCCGGAGGAUCCUAGAGCGCAUCAAUCGUCGAACUUGCCGGAUCUACGUCUCCGUCAACUCGAGCUCGCGCCGGUGGACCCCUAUUCCCCGAAGAUGAUCAACGUUGCAGGAGUGGUCUCGAUCGUUCUGUUCUACCUGCUGAUCUUGGGCGUGGGAAUAUGGGCGGCCAGGAAGAAGGAGGCUGGCAACGAUUCCGAGGAGGAGGUGAUGCUGGCCGGCCGCUCGAUCGGGCUCUUCGUAGGGAUAUUCACGAUGACGGCGACCUGGGUCGGCGGCGGUUACAUCAACGGCACCGCCGAAGCUAUCUACACGAGAGGCCUGGUCUGGUGCCAGGCGCCCUUCGGAUACGCCCUCAGCCUCGUUUUCGGUGGUAUUUUCUUCGCGAACAAGAUGCGACAGCAGGGGUACAUAACAAUGUUGGAUCCGCUUCAAGACGCAUUCGGCGAGCGGAUGGGCGGCCUCCUCUUUCUGCCCGCACUCUGCGGCGAGGUGUUUUGGGCAGCGGGCAUCCUCGCGGCUCUCGGCGCCACGCUGGCGGUCAUCAUCGACAUGGAUCAGAGCACCUCCGUCAUUCUGAGCGCCUGCAUCGCAGUUUUCUACACUCUCUUCGGCGGUCUCUAUUCCGUCGCUUAUACCGACGUCAUUCAGCUCUUUUGCAUAUUUAUUGGUCUGUGGAUGUGCAUUCCUUUCGCUUGGACCAAUCCGAAGGUACAAUCUCUUAGUUCUAUGGACGUCGAUUGGAUCGGCAAAGUAAAACCCGAAGAAUAUUGGUUUUACAUGGAUUACGGUUUACUCUUGAUAUUCGGCGGCAUACCUUGGCAAGUGUACUUUCAACGCGUCCUCUCGUCGAAAACCGCGGGGAGAGCUCAGAUAUUGAGUUAUGUAGCCGCUUUGGGUUGCAUUCUCAUGGCCAUCCCUCCCGUUCUGAUUGGAGCGAUCGCCAAAGCGACUCCCUGGAACGAGACGGGCUACACCGGCGUUUAUCCGUUCACGGAGACGGAGACUAGUAUGAUCCUGCCACUGGUCCUGCAGUACUUGACACCAGACUUUGUUUCCUUUUUCGGGCUGGGUGCGGUAUCGGCGGCGGUGAUGUCUUCUGCGGAUAGCAGCAUCCUCUCUGCUAGUUCGAUGUUUGCUAGAAAUGUUUACAAAUUGAUCUUCCGCCAGCGGGCCUCGGAGAUGGAGAUCAUCUGGGUGAUGCGAGCAGGGAUCGGUGUGGUCGGCGUGCUCAGCACCGUGAUGGCUCUCACGAUACCGUCGAUCUACGGCCUCUGGUCUAUGUGCUCGGAUCUCAUCUACGUGAUCCUGUUCCCGCAGCUGCUGAUGGUGGUGCACUUCAAGGAUUACUGCAACACUUACGGCAGUCUGUCCGCGUACAUAAUCGCCUUUCUGGUGCGCAUCAGCGGCGGCGAGCCGAUGAUGGGCCUGCCGGCAUUGAUCCGCUAUCCGGGCUACGACGAGGAGUCAGCUACGCAGAUGUUCCCCUUCAGAACAAUGGCGAUGCUGCUGUCGCUCGUUACUCUCGUUGGCGUGUCAUGCGGCACGCAGUAUGCCUUCCUGACCGGUCGGCUGGCGCCGGGCUACGACGUCUUCAGGUGCGUGGUCAAUAUCCCGGAGGACGUCGAGCGGGUCGGCCCGGAUCCUGCCGAGGGGGAGCAGAUGGCGGUCCUAGCUGCGGGCGUCGGCAAGCUCUACGGCAGCAAGGACGAAUCGAACGGCCGAGUGAAUCCUGCGCUCGAGCCGGACUACGACAUGGAGCCGGGAUGUACGAUGGUCGGAGUACAGGAUGGUGUAGUCGCUGGUGGUGGCGGCGGCGGCGGCGGCGUAGGAAGCGCCGGAGGACACCUGGUACCCGGCGCACCCCGACAACCACAAUCCAGCACCGCGUUCUAACUCCUGGUUCCGUGAUCGGAUGCUGUGACCAACAAUAAGUGCGGCGGUGCGGACCUCUCAAUUUUUCGUUCUGUCCUCCUCCUUCAACUCCUCCGGCCAGCCUCUUCUUCUGCCGUUCUACGAUGCGAGUGUUUCCCCCUCCCCCCCGUCCCGGAUUUCUUUCGACUUCACUUCGAAAUCAUAUUGGUUAUUGUGAUUAAACUCCCGCUCCAUAUCGAUUUGAGAUUUCUUCGCUUUCUAACUCCUCCCUGAGAUGACGCGCGCGCGCGCGCGUGCGAUAGUAUAAAUUUCUCACGAUACGAUCGGGCGUCUCGUUUUCGUUUACGCGCGCGUAAAACAUGACACAAUUUAAAUUAUUAUUUAAAUUAAACGCGACAACUUUUUCUCUCGCUCUCGGAUCUUUGCGGCAUAACCGCCACACCCACGCCUGAGAGAUCCUUAAACUUUUUGUCGUCUAAAUGUCGUCUUAAUCGACCUCUUCGCAUCAUUACGUCACUCAAUCGCGCAGAUGCGUGACAAAGAUAACAACCGGAGCAACUUUCAGUAAUGGCGUUAGCCGUAAAUUAUCCCGCUUGAAAUUCUCCUGAUCGACGUGGAACCGUUUUUGACAUUUCCCGAUCGUUGCGGAAACAUACCCUCGGAAUAUCACCCCACUCGCUGUCCAAGUCCGUUUCUCCUUUUUCUAUCCGCCCUACAACCUCGGAGCUCCAAGACGAGCCAAUGCGGUAGCCUGCGGUAAGUCCGACAGAAAGUUUCUUUCGUACUUUUGUGCGCGUGUGUAUUUAUGAUUGCGUGUAUGUAUGCCUGUUGUCUGCAUGUGUAAGCGCACGCUGCUGGUGCCCAUGUAAUGACCUGUACCUGCCCGCGUCUGCUCGCGCUCGUGUUUUCGACGUUGCCCCAAAGUGACCGAUAAAUACAUAAAAGUAUGAAAAAAGUAGAUGGAGGGAGAGAGAGAGAGAGAGAGAGAGAGAGAGAGAGAGAGAGAGAGAGAGAGAGAUCAUAGGGAUGAAAAGUAUACACGAAACGAGCAACAAGGGGAUAAGGGUAACGUUUUCAAACUGAAAGUCGGAGCUUCGGACGUACUCGGGCUGGGCAUCCCUAUUCCGCACCGCCAACUAGGCCUAGUGUGUGAUUUCCUUGUUUUUUUUGAAGAAGUAUAUAUAUAAGCAUAUAUAUAUAUAAAGAUAUUACAUAUACACACAUAUAUAUAUAUAUAUUUACAGUUUAUUACAAAACUGCUUAAGAGAGUUUCAAAAUACGAGCGAUCUGUCCAACCUGACACAGAAGAGAGAGAGAGAGAGAGAGAGA